UCAGAGUGCUGACUGACAGCUUUUGUAACGCUGCCAGCUGCUUCUGACUGGCAGAACUACAGCUCAGACCGGCCCUCUGCUCUGACGUCAUACUGACAUUUCUAGGUUUGGAUGUAAAGGUGUGAGGAAGUGAUGAACACAGACAGCAGCAGCAUCUGUCAGUGUCUGCAGACGGAGGAGGAGGACGUCUCUCUGACCUCAUCUGGACUUUAACAGCUGAGCAGCCUGACAGAAAGUAAUGGAGAUGAAAGAAAUGGAAACACCACAUUCAUCUGUAGUUAGAGAUGAUGAAGACAUCCAGAGUGAUGAAGAAGAAAAGUUGCCCCUUGAUGCUGGAGAGAGAGAGAGCGAGUCUUUAAGCAGAGCGAGGGCUGCAGACAUGUCCGUCUCCACCCAGCUGGGUCUGUUGCUGUGGAAGAACUUCACCUACAGACGACGACGGAUGCUUCAGCUCCUGGUAGAGAUCAUCUGGCCGCUCCUGAUCUUCUUCAUCCUCAUCAUCGUUCGCCUCAACUACCCUCCGUACGAACAGCACGAAUGUCAUUUUCCCAACAAAGCGAUGCCCUCGGCCGGCACGUUGCCAUGGCUACAGGGAAUCCUCUGUAACGCCAACAACCCGUGCUUCAGUAGCCCGACGCCGGGCGAGUCUCCGGGCGUCGUCGGGAACUUCAACGGCUCCAUUUUUUCCAGAAUAUCUCGAAUGUUUUCGGACGCCAAGAAGAUUCUUCUGUACAUUCAGAACGAUAAAAGCCUGGAAGGAUUUCAGGAACUCGUUCAGGCUCUCAAGGUUCUGCAGGAGAGCGGAUCAGGAUUCAAGUUGAAGGACUUCCUGAGGGACGGCGAGACUCUGUCCACGUUCCUGAGAAACACUGAACUACUCUUUCAAAACGACGUCCCGCUGAUCAUAGACGCCGACGUCGACCUGGAGAAGGUGCUCCUGAAGGGUUUCGGCGUCCACCUGAGGGACAUGUGUCCCAGGAAGGGCAGCAAGCAUGCCGUGAAGGACUUUGUGACGAUCUCGGACCCUUGGGCGUCCUGGCAGGUAGAGAAAGUGAUCUGUGAGGAGCCGGCCAGCUGGCUGGACCACGCUGAGGAGAUCUUCCUCAACAACCUGGACUUCCUGAAACCCAUCAAGAGGGACGUGACGUCCGCCCCCGAGGCCGUCAAGCUGGUUGCCAGGGCGACCAACAACCUCCUGGACAGUCUGGGUUCGCUGAUGGUCGAGCUGGCCGGUAUGAACAGCUGUAGUACUAGUAUCUAACAGUACUGUGUGUACUGUGUGUACAGCUGGCCGGUAUGAACAGUAGUAACAGUAGUACUAGUAUCUAAAGUACUGUGUGUAC